UUUGAAAACUGUGGCAUGACUGUUUGCACGUGCAGGAACCCUGUGGAUGAAAAGGAUGUGCUCUUCCACGUGCCUGAACAUCUGCGCAAGUCAACGUCCAAGAAGUCCGAAGAGAUGCUGUCUAAUCAGAUGCUUUCGGGCAUCCCGGAAGUUGACCUUGGUAUUGAGGAGCGCAUCCGCAACAUUGAGGCAACCGAAGAGGCCAAGCUGAAGCUUAUUCGGGAUCGGAUGGCCCGGAAGGAGCGCGAGACAUCAUUUGUGCCCACCAACAUGGCCGUCAACUUCGUCCAGCACAACCGCUUCAACAUUGACGAUGGCAGCCGUUCUCGCCACAUGCGGCGCCCGGUUCGUGAGAAAGAGCCUCCACCCCCAAAGCCUGUUGUGGUCAUUGCGGAAGCCGAAGGAGUUGCCGACCAGAUUCCGGGCCGCCUGGGCAGAGGGGGCAAAGGAUCGUCCAGGUCAAGAGGAAAUGACGAUGAAAAGGCCACGGAUGACUUCCACUUUGAAAAGUUCAAGAAGCAGUUCAGACGCUACUAAGUCUCCGCUUCGAAAAAGAGACACAGAAUUUGCACAUUUUUCUCUGAACAUCGUUUGCUUAUCAUUGUGUAAAUAGGUAUCUAUAUAAACCCUACAUUCAGUCUUCA